UUCUCGUCCGAAUGACCUUAAUCGCAUCUGAUUUUUCGCAUGUGAUGAGAAUGACCCUGUAUUAUUUCAUAGACGCAUAUAGAUGUUUUAAGCAGAAAUAAGCUCUUGUAAUCCUUUAAAAAAUAAACAAACACGUGUAAUGACAAUUUUAGUUUAGAAAUUAUUUUUCCAAAUUAAAAUGCCAAAAAUAAAAUCUGAAAAGAAAUCAAGACAGCACGAAACAAUUCAAAAGCAAGGUAUUCAGUUCAAUACUACACUUGGACAACAUAUUCUUAAAAAUCCUUUAGUAAUAAACAGUAUAAUUGAAAAAGCAGCCUUGAGAUCGACCGAUGUGGUUCUAGAAGUUGGACCAGGUACUGGUAAUAUGACUAUGAAAAUGUUAGACAAAGCAAAAAAAGUGAUUGCCUGCGAAAUUGACACACGGCUGGUUGCAGAGUUGCAAAAACGAGUUCAGUGCACACCAGUACAACACAAGCUUCAAAUUUUGGUUGGUGAUGUUUUGAAGUCCAAUUUACCAUUUUUUGAUAUUUGUGUAGCGAAUUUGCCUUAUCAGAUAUCUUCCCCGUUUGUUUUUAAAUUACUUUUACAUCGACCUUUCUUCAGGUGUGCUGUAUUAAUGUUUCAAAAAGAGUUCGCCGAUAGAUUAGUCGCCAAACCUGGUAGUAAAGUAUAUUGUCGUCUAUCAGUAAAUACUCAAUUGCUUGCGAGAGUCGAUAUUCUUAUGAAGGUUGGGAAAAAUAACUUCAGACCACCUCCAAAAGUUGAAUCGAGCGUAGUAAGACUGGAACCACGUAACCCUCCACCUCCAAUUAAUUUCAAAGAAUGGGAUGGUAUGCUACGAAUCUUAUUUGUUCGCAAGAACAAGACUAUCAGUGCUGCUUUCAAGCAUUCGUCGACUUUGGAAAUGAUGGAAAAAAAUUACAAAGUUUUCUGUGCUUUAAAAAAUAUUGAAGUUCCUAAAGACUUUGAUAUGAAGGAGAAAAUUGAAGCUGUUUUGAAUACAAACGAUUUUUCCAAAAUGCGACCAAGAACAAUGGACAUAGAUGACUUUUUACUUCUGAUGCAUGAGUUUAACUCAAAUGGUCUUCAUUUUUCAUAAAUGAUAUUACAUGCAUAUAAUUGUUUGUGGCAUGAAUAAAAAUAUAUUGUCUGUUAAUAAUAAAUACAUUUCCAUCUGUUUUUA